AUGAAUGACUGUCGUACUCUUCUAAAAACAACAAAUUUACCAUACUACCUUUGGUUUUAUGACGUUCAAUUUGUAACCAUCCUACGGAACUCCGUCUAUAACGACACGCUCCAAUCUUCUGCACGGGAGAAGGCUGGUCUACCGGAAUUGACGUGA